CAGGACAGAACCAGGACAGAACCCGGACAGAACCAGGACAGAACCAGGACAGAACCCGGACAGAACCAGGACAUCAAAGUUUGUUAAAACUCUGACAAACAGGAGAUUUAAAUAUCUGGUUGUUAUAUUUUUAGAUUUAUUUAGAUUUUUAAUUCCUUCAAACAGACAAGAUGGCCGCCUUUCUGUCGUUGCCAUGACAACUCCACCUGAAGACACCAGACCUUUUACAGCUUUAAAUAAUUUUCACACAUAAAAUAUAAAUCAGAUCCGGUUUAAUGAUUUUACAUUUAAUCAAAGUUUAGGAAACAUUUAGAAUUUUAUAUUAAACAAAAAGAUUUUGAUCAUAUUUUUGUUCCAUCAGGAGGAAAACGAACCGAAUCAUCUUCACGUCCAGAACCGAACAGAAACUAAGUGUUUAAUAAAUGUAGAUAAUUAUGUUGCUGCUGAGAUGCUUUUGUUUAAAUGUUUCUCCGUGAAGUUUUUCUGUUUUUCAUUUUCAAUAUGAAGGAAUUUCAGCAGCGACUUGAUGAUGAAGAACAAAAUAAAAACGUUUCAGUUUCUUUUUGUCCCGUUUGUCUAAAAAUACAAACAGAAACUCCUUCAUGCCAGCAGGGGGCGCCGUUUGAGCCGUCUGGUCUUGUGACCAGAAGGUUGUUGGUUCGAUUCCAGCUUCACACUCACUCUGGUUGUGAAUGGGUGAAUGUGAAUGAAUGAAUGAGUCUCCAGGGUAAAGUUAUUAUAAAUAUUAGUUAUUUAGUUCAGUUGGUUUACUUUCCUGCAGAAACAAUGUUUGGACCGGAACCGGAUCAGUAAUCUGACCUAAAGGGAAGUUCACGAGGAAAGAGUACUUUCAAAAUAAAACAGGAAAUCAGGAGAGAAGAAGAAGUUCAAAAAUAAAAACCACUCCGACGACAGGAGCCAGAAUCAGAACAGGACGGCUCACUAGAAUACAGUCGGUUCUGAUGGUCUGAACCGGGCCGGAUGUGGUUCUGCUUUCAGCUGCCAGACUGGUUCUGGUUCUGGUUCUGCUGAUUUGAGGGGAAAAGAGAAACUGGACCAAUACUGACUUUGUUUGGGGUGUACAAACUUUCUGAUUGGUUUUAAUUCAUUUAAUCAUGUUUUUUUAUUAACUUUAGUUUUUUAUUUAAUGUCUGAAACACAAAGAAACUCGUCAGUCUGCUGUGACGGUUCUGGACCAGUGAGAGGUCCGAACCCAUUAAUGGUCUGUGACCAGUGAGCCCAGCAGGUCCUGACCCGGUAACCAGUACGGUCCUCAUCGUCUCCAUGACGACAGGGGUCUGUGCGGAGGGCGCAGCCGACACCAGAACCCUGGACCCGGCUCCACUUUCUACUGGACCCUAACCCACUUUCUACUGGACCCGGUUCCACUUUCUACUGGACCCGGUUCCAGGAGCCGGUAUUGAUCAGCAGGAUCAUUAGCUUUGUGGUUCUAUAUCGAUCUGAACCUCUGCCAGGUUAUCAUUAAUAUUAUUGACGAGUAUUGAUUGUAGUACAACAGGCUGAAGUCGAUCUUGUGCACGUGAGGAUUUUGUUUCAGGUCAGGUUUCACCUGGUUGGUGAAUUAUUGAUGGAGUUGAGCCUCUGUCUCUGCUAGACGAUCACAGCCAACAGAAGACGAUCAUCAGGAGGCGGAAAGACGGAAUCAGGAAAACAAGAAUAAAAACUGGAAGAGAAACAGAAACCGGACAGAAGAUCAGAUGAACAUGGAGCGAUGAAGACUGAGGAAGAGGAGGAGGAUUCCAGCAAACCCAGAUGGAGUUUUCCUAAAAUCAAGCUGGGAAAACAAAAUUCUCACCACAAACGUAUUUCAUGUCGUUGCAACAAAAAGUCCUUCGUCCAAUCACAGGACAGCGUGAGCAAUGAGGUCAUAGCUCCAGAAGAAACCAAGAACCAAUCGGAUCUGGAGCCACCGGCUGGAGGCGGAGCUCUAUGGGAAGAUGAUUCAUGAAGAUGAAGAGGAGGAUGAUGAUCCCCUGCCCCCCCCUCCCUGCUCCUCUGUUGCCAUGGAGACGGCGAUGUCGGGCAGGAGGCCGGACCUGGUGUGCAUCGUGUGUUUCGGCAGUUAUGACUUGCUGACGCGGUUGCCACGGCGACUCCACUGUGGCCACGCCUUCUGCCAGGCGUGUCUGAAGAGACUCGACACGGUGAUCAACGAGCAGACGUGGAUCCCAUGUCCCCAGUGCCGGCAGAACACGCCGCGGCCGCGCGGCGGCGCCGCCGGUCUGGACCUGGACCUGCCGUCCUUCCUGGCGGUGAAGGCCCAGCAGACCUUCGUCUCCUCCUGCUCCUCUUCCUCGCGAAGCCCCGCCCCCAGGAGCGACGGGAAGCUUUGGCUGGGGAAGGAAGUUCCCGACGACGGCUGGCGGCACGGCGGCCUGGCGGAGCCGCGCUUCCAUCACUACGGCGACUGCUGCCCGGCGCCGUCCUGCUGGCGCUGCUGCUGGUUCUGCUGCCCCGGGCGAGGCUGACACACCGGACCGGAACCGACCCGGCCCUGGAUGAGCCCAGUUCUGAUGUCCUGGUUCCAGGUCAGCGCUGUGUCAGAACCGGGUCAGAACCGGGUCAGAACCGGGUCGCCGGACAAUAAUCAGAGCUUUGAAGUAUUUUGUGUUCAGAAACAAAUAAAAGCUUUAAAGUUUUG